AAUUUGUUCUUCUCAUUUGAUAUUAACAGCAAAAAGACAACUUUAUCUCUAACUUACUUGACUUCAUUAUGUGGCUUUCAAUUAAAUUAACUAAAUGAAAACCAUACAGAAAUUAGUCUGUGAACUAAAAGACAGAGACUUAAAUAAUUUGAAUAAAACACUACGGAUGAUACUCAGGACUCCAACUGCGCAGGUGGGAAAGAAACAAAAGGAACAAGACAAAGGAGGAAAGAAAAGAUGAAAGACCGACUUCAAGAACUAAAGCAACGAACAAAGGAAAUUGAGCUCUCUAGAGACAAGGAUGUGUCAACUACAGAAGCAGAGGAACAGGGGAUGUUUCUGCAGCAAGCUGUUAUUUAUGAAAGAGAGCCUGUAACUGAGAGACACCUACAUGAGAUCCAAAAACUACAGGAGAGUAUUAACAAUUUGACAAAUGAUAUUCAAAACUUUGGGCAGCAACAGAAAAGUCUGUUGGCUUCAAUGAGAAGGUUUAGUCUACUUAAGAGAGAGUCUAGCAUUACAAAAGAGAUAAAAAUCCAAGCAGAACACAUUAAUAGAGGUCUGGAUAAUUUAGUAAAAGAAGUUAAAAAGUCAGAGGAUGAAAAUGGUCCAUCCUCAGUGGUCACAAGGAUACUUAAAUCUCAGCAUGCUGCAAUGUUUCGCCAUUUUCAGCAAAUCAUGUUCAUAUACAACGACACAAUAGCAGCAAAGCAAGAGAAGUGCAGGACAUUUAUUUUCCGUCAGCUGGAAGUUGCUGGGAAAGAAGUGCCUGAAGGAGAAGUAAAUGAUAUGCUCCAUCAAGGAAAAUGGGAAGUUUUUAAUGAAAGUUUACUUACAGAAAUCAGUAUCACCAAAGCACAACUCUCAGAAAUAGAACAGAGACACAAAGAACUUGUUAAUUUGGAGAACCAAAUAAAGGAUUUAAGAGACCUUUUCAUUCAGAUAUCUCUUCUAGUAGAGGAACAGGGAGAAAGCAUCAACAAUAUUGAGAUGAUAGUGAAUGGCACGAAAGAAUAUGUUAAUACUACCAAAGAAAAAUUUGGACUAGCUGUAAAAUACAAAAAAAGAAAUCCUUGCAGGGUAUUGUGUUGUUGGUGUUGUCCAUGCUGUGGCUUAAAAUAAAGAAGCUAUUUAGAAAUUUUUCCAAUUGUAGAGUAAAAGAUGUGCCAUAUUUUAGUGUCUUGUAUCGUUUUUCUUCAUUUCAUAGAGCCAUUCACAUACUUUCAUCACUGUCAAUUAUAAUUUUCCCUUUUGCCCUUUCCCACUCUAAUUACAGAAAUUUCUAAGCUAGUAACAUAAAACAGUCUUCAUUGAUUACACUAAAAAUACUGUAUUAGCUUAAAUUCAUGGGUUAACUAUUGAAAAUGAGAUGAAUGAUCUUUAGUUUCUAGACAGGUAUCAAGCUCUAUUACAUAUUUUUGUAACUUCGAAAGCAUUAACAAGAUGAAUGUCACUAAAUGACAACUACUUAAACAAUCCUUUUGGCUCACUUAAGAGUAUUCUGGUAGUUAAGAAUUGUAUAAAACAAGGCAUCAAAGGGUGCUAUAUUAAAGCAA